AUGUUUCGGAUUGCCCCCGAUCGCGACUAUGGUGUGAUUGAGAAGAUAGUUGAGGAGGUCUUGAGGACUGGCCGCUACGCCCGUUUUAUGGCAUGCUUGGGAGGCUGCGCUUGUGCUGCGUUGGUGCAGGACCGUUUGAACGCGCGGUUUGGAAAUAGUGUGUGUGUGUUAUGUCUGGGCGAGUCAAGCAGCACCCCUGUGGCUCUGGAUCCGAAGGUAUGUAGCGACAAGUUCUCAAGAGAGAUUGGCUUCGCGGAUCUGGUGUUUGUGCAGCCUGGUUCGUUCUACACUGCUCGCUACACGUCGGCUGACGAUUACUUUAACAAAACUUUCAAGACUUUCUACUCGGCCGCUAAGUGUUUUGUGCCUCUGCUGAAGGCGGACGGACGGUUUGUGAACUGCAUCUCACCCCUGGUGGUGGCUAAGUUCCAAGCGAAUAAGUACCGGCUUCAGAAAAUGCUUGUAUCCAGUCGGUUGAACGAAGACCUGCUGAUGACUUUAGUUAAUAGAUAUAGUGAAGCGGCCCGGAGCAGGACCUACGACGUCGACGGGUGGUCUGCUGACUACAUGGUGAUGGCUCAGGUCUUCACUCACGCUUGUGUUCUCAUGAUCUCCAAAUCUAGAAGUUCUCUCUUGGGGGGAACUGCCGCUCAAGUGCGCUCCACCGAGACUGGCAACGGCAACUUGCUGGUCUACUCCGUAGUGGCCCCGAUCCUACCGCACUUAGUGUCCUCUCCUGCGGACUCUGCCGAAUGCGCUGCCGCCAUCGCACACACCAUCACAAGUCAGUACGCACACCCAGACAAGAUCAACGGCUACCUCAUGCUCGGCCACCACUCCGUACCCAUCACCGCGAACCUCCAAGACCUUACCGCUCUAAUGAAGUACCCAGACCGCAUCGACUGGACCAUCAACUACACAGACUCCAUCGUUAACCCACUAACAGCAGAAGAUGCUUCCGACUAUUCCUCCAUAGCGCCAGGACUCCUCCACAGCCUAUCUGGCAGAUCAGGAAGCAUGUCCUCCACAUCCACCAACCGCGCCAUCAAGCAAGCCGCCAACUCGAUCCACAGCGGCGACCAAGACAGUUUAAACCCUUCUACAUUGAACCCGUCUACCUCGAACCAAUCUACCGUUAAUGUGUCCACCGUUAAUGUGUCCACUGCGAUCAUGAACCAACCUACCGUGAACCAAUCUACCGUGAGCCAAUCUACCGUGAACCAAUCUACCGUGAGCCAGUCUACCGUGAACCAAUCUACCGUUAAUGUGUCCACUGCGACCAGCAACAUUUCGGGCUCGUCGAGCCAGCUCGUGAGAGACAGUGUCACCCUCGGAGGAAGCACGGCAGUGGGAGGAAGCGUGACUCUCAGUGGUUACGGAACCCGCGGCGCAAACGAGAAAGAGCUAGUUUCGGAAACAACGAAGUUAACCGAGACGGAGAUAACUAACGAAGACAGUCAAUCGAAGUUCAAUAGAGGGUCACAGGCUGUUGGCGGUCCUGCGGAUUAUCGUGGAUCUGUCCACAACUCUCUCCAGGGAUCGCUCCAGGGAUCAGUUCACAACUCGGUCCAGGGAUCGGUUCACAACUCCGUCCAGGGAUCGGCUCACCACUCCGUUCAGGGAUCGGCUCACCACUCCGUUCAGGGAUCGGUUCACCACUCCGUCCAGGGAUCGGUUAACAACUCUGUCCAGGGAUCGGUUCACCACUCCGUCCAAGGAUCGGUUCACAACUCCGUUCAGGGCUCAGUUAACCACUCGGUCCAGGGAUCAGUUCACCACUCGGUCCAGGGAUCAGUUCACCACUCGGUCCAGGGAUCAGUUCACGACUCUGUCCAGGGAUCGGUUCAUCACUCCGUUCAGGGAUCGGUUCACCACUCCGUUCAGGGAUCGGUUCACAACUCCGUCCAAGGAUCGGUUCACAACUCCGUGCAGGGCUCAGUUCAACAGAGACCAGUGACCGGCAGCAGUACCAAACCGACUGACCCUGUCGGGUCGGUUCACUCCGACAGACAGUCAUUGCAAUCUGGUGUCGGGUUUUCUGUUCACUCGUUGCACAGCGGCCCGCAUGAGGGGCCCGUGAACUCUCACAGCCAGCACCAGCAACAUGCCCUAGACAAGGAACAGGAUCUGAACGGCCAGAGGCUCUGGGCGAAGACUAUGGAGCAGCAUGCCAUCGAGGAGCAAACCCCGCCGCGUGAUGCCCAAGAACAGCGGACGAUUCAACAGACGACCAUCAAGAAGGAGCAGGGGAUCAGCCAGACUUACCUGCAGAGUUCGCAAGAGAACAGGUCUUCCGUACUGGACGAGAGCCGUGCCAGUUCUAGCCAAACGAAUCGAGCGAUCAGCCCCCUUUCGCCGGCCGUUAUGCCUGCUCAGCCGCCCAUUCCUGCACAGCCGAUUGCUGCCGAUCCGGUUGCAUCUUACCGGGCUAUGACCACUACAACCGCUACGACCACGACCACGACCAGUCGACAGAUGCCGAUCUCUAAGACUGGACAUCCUCCGCUGAUGAGGAUCGUGAGCACGCACACCACUACGCCAAGUGAGAUCAGGAGCCGUGCAGUGUCACCCUCGCCCCUUGCGAGUGGCGCGGCAAGGAUAGCACCGUCUCGGCAGUUCGUGUCUGGCAGUCAAGACGGUGGACGCCCGACUCAAGGCUACUCUCAGUCCCCUGUGGGCUCCCAGCCACACUCUCAGUCCCAGGUGUUUUCUGAGAAUCAAGGAUUCACGCAGAACUACUCAGUAUCUCGGUCACAAGUGAACGACUGCGUCGAGCAAACAAGCUCUGUACAACAAUUCAUGUCUGGUAGUCACGACGGUGGACGCCCGACUCAAGGCUACUCUCAGUCCCCUGUGGGCUCCCAGCCACACUCUCAGUCCCAGGUGAUUUCUGAGAACCAAGGACUCACGCAAGACUACCCAAUACCUCGAUCACAAGUGAACGCUUCCGUCGAGCAAACAAGCUCCGUACAACAGCUACAUGGCAUCCCUUCCAUUUCGAGCACGCAACAAAACUUGGAGACGUAUCAUGAGACUUCUGCCGGCAAAACCAUUAUGGGCCAGAGCACCAGCAGUCAGACCUCUGGUGGUCAGAAGGCGACGACGUACCAGCAGUAUACUACCGACAGUCGUCAGUAUGGCAGCGGACCGAAGGUCGUUAGUCGGGAGAUCCUUUCUGGCGACUACUUCCAGCGUGAGAUUUCUCAGCGUCAAAUUGCACAGCAGAGCCGCGAAAUCUCUGGCAGUCCGCCAAAGGCCACUGCGUACAUAAGCACGCAGAUCGAGACAGUUUCCCCGAGGAACGAAGUUAGCCGGACGGUAGAUGUCGAACAUCGGGAGAUGCAGAGCAUCGACGGAUUGAAUCGACAGGCGGCUGAGCAUGACAGGUGGGCUGAAUAUGCUCAGCAGAAGAGUGAGGAUGCUAAGGACACCGGACUGUUACAGGCGGAUGUCAUUCCCCCUGGAUCUGUGCCGGAGGAGUACGCGGGAUUAGUGUACAAAGGAAUAUUGUUCAACCGCCCUGCGGAGGGACGACCUACUACCGAGAACUUCCGUCUGGAGAUGGCUGGAGCAGUACCGUAUGGUUUAGAUGAGAAUGAGGUGUUGUUAAAGCUGGAGUGGGUUUCGGUUGACCCGUACAUGCGGGAGAGAAUGAAUGAGGGCAGCCAGAUUAUGUUUCAACUUAAUAAGCCAUGUAUGGGUCACUGUAUUGGCAGGGUGUUGGCGUCGAAUAAUAGUAAGUAUCAAGUAGGGGAUUACGUACAGGACAUGUUGGCAUGGACCGAGUUUGUUGUGGCGGUGCCUUCACAGGCCGCAAUCCGAAUUAAUAGCGAGGUGAGACAGACGACUCCCGUUGACUACUUCAUUUCUGUGUUCGGCCUUGCGGGUCUGGCGGCAUACGUGGGUUACCUGGCUACUGAAGUGAGACCGGGGCAGACACUGGUGGUGAACUCUGCCUACGGUGCUGUGGGCCAGAUCGUGGCGCAAAUGGCCAAGGCCGACGGAGUAAAUGUGGUGGUGGUAGCGGGUGGAACCGAGAAGUGCGGGAAACUCCGAGAACUCGGCUUCGACCGUGUAAUCGAUUACAAGACCUGCAACGACUACCAGAGUUACUUCAACACUCUGCACUCGAUCGCUCCUGACGGUCUGGAUGCUGUCUUUGAGAACGUGGGAGGAUACCAGCUGGAUACUCACUUUAAAUUACUAAACCCCAAGAGUAAGAUAGUAUUCUGCGGUGCUGUCUCGCAGUACAACUUACCGCCAGACCAAAGGUAUCAUUAUCUCAACCUGGAGAGCCUCAUUCUCAAAGCAGGCUCGCUGCUUGGUUUGGGACUAGGCUCCAUGGAUUUGGACUACGCCGCCUUCACCCAGAAAAUGACUGACCUUCUCACUUCGAAUCAGCUUGUCUACCAGACUGAUGUCGUUGAGGGGUCUAUAGAAGUAAUCCCUGAAGCAUUCAUCCGAAUGCUUGAAGGAGCUAACUUCGGAAAACAAUCUGUAAAGAUCACAAGGUCGGCAUGA